GCAGUAGCUCCUCUAAAGUCAAAUGAGGUGAAAACUCGAAAAUAUGCAGACACUGGAAUGUUCUGACCUCAGUCGGCCUGAGGGCAAAAACUAAUCCAUGUGCAAGAGACAGAGCAGCUGAGAGGAGUCACAUGACACUGAGGAGAGCCAAUCAGAUCCGAGUUUAUAGUAAUGUUUUUGGUUACUUGGAAACCCCCAGAAUCAGCAGCAAAAAAAAAAACUUUCCGACAAAAAUCAAUAACAUCGGAAUUCGAAUUUUGAAAUGUGAUUAUAUAAUAUCAGUCAGCCUCUCACUGUGGAUGACAAAGUAAAGAGACAUCAUGAAACAGGAACUUCAAUGUUUGUGGUGCUCUCGCAUGUGUGAGGUGGGCGGGUCUCCGCUGGACCGAAGGUGAUACCAACCGCUUCCGUGAACCAAUCAGGAUUAAGCUUAACAUUUGAAUCCAAACAUGAUGAAGGUCACAUCUGCUCCAACCACACCUGCACGGACGAAUAGAGUAGAAGAAUGAAUAAUACUUAAUGACAGGUACAUGUUUUCAGAGCCAGUAAGACCUCCACUGUUAAAGAUGGACUCGGUAUAAUGUGCUGGUGAUGGAGAAUGUAGUUUUUCUAGAGUAAACAAUGUAUCUGCGAAGAGUUUGUACUGUUUCCUUCUUCAUUUCUAAUGAAAACUGCCCAAACACGUGAACAUGAGGCCUCAUCGCCUUCAUCCAUUGGUUUGUAUCAGUCUUCAGUCUCAACACAUGAGGAGUCAGAGCUGAUUUUUUAAUUAUUCAUAUUUGUCAUGUCAAAUGACCAUGUGAAAACAAUUGUUGUGAAGUUAAUUCAGGUUUAGUGGAGAUCAUGAACUUUCCUAUGAAGAAAUCAGGGAUCAACUAGUUGUAUUACACGUGAUCAUUAUCUCGUUUGCUCAAACAUUUUGGUCCCCACCGGCGUCACAUUUUCAAAACACAGGCUGAAACGGAAGCAGGCAGGAAAUGACACAAUAACACGCACAGAACACGAAACGUGUGUCGUAAUGAAUUCCCCUUAAACAUAAAGGACAAAGGAUAUGCUUUCAAUCAAUCAUGACACCACAUACAACAUAAGACAGCUCAUUAUGAACCAGCUCAGCUUCACUUGUGACUUAUGCUUGUGCCACUAAAUCAUUACAGUAGUUUGUGGCCAAAAAAGGCAAACAAUCAUAUCCCAGGAUUAUUUUACUCUGUAGCCUUUCUGCUCUUUUUACUGCACUGUGUUGGGAUACAGUCAAAAGAAGAGACGUGUUCUAAUAAACGUUCAUUCAUCUGAUUCUUGGAAGCAUUUAUGUGUCCAUGAACUGUCCACACAUUGGGACAUUCUACACGGUCAGGCCUUUGUGCUGCAGCCUCUCCUCAGCAAAGAUCCAACAUGAAGAUUUUAAUCCAAAAUCAGAAAUACUCCAAAUGUUCUGCAGUCACUUUUUUCAAAAACUUUAAACACAGAAAGGCAGAGUAUCGUAAAUAAGAAUAAUCUGAAUUACUAUAAACAUUUAAAGUAAAGACACCAAAUGGGUGGAAAUAUAGAAAAAAAACAACAGAAGUGGAGGGACAUGGUGAAUGGAGGGGCCAGAUGAGGGUGAGGCCAGGAGUCGGGGGCGCGCCUCCAGCCUGGCCCUGAUGUCUCUCUUCUCGUGAACGAGCAUGUAAACACCUGCCCACUGCAGGGGGACAGACUGUCUGCUGGAGCGGUGUGUGUCCUCUGUCUGUGUCCUGUGUGUGUGUCCUGUGAGCGGGAUGGCGGAUGGAGAAUUGUUCGCAUUGGAGGAUCCCCAGGCUGUGGAGGCGGGACCGCGGGACCACAGGAGGCUGACCCGGCUGUACUGCAUGAACGGCGGACACCACCUGCAGAUCCUGCCCGAUGGGACGGUGCAGGGCCGGAGGGAGGAUGGAGACGCUCACACUGUUUUAAAGAUCCGGUCUGUGGACAGAGGUGUGGUGGUCAUCCAGGGGACAGAAGCUGGCCGAUAUCUGGCGAUGAGCGAUGAGGGACGUCUGUACAGCUCACCCACAGUCUCUGACGAGUCGUACUUCCUGGAGAAACUGGAGGAGAAUCACUACAACACAUAUCGGCCUCAGAAGCAUCAGGAGAGCAACUGGUACGUGGCCCUGAAAAAGAACGGAAAACCUAAACUGGGUCCAAGAACUCACAUCGGGCAGAAGGCCGUCUUCUUUCUGCCCCGCCAGCUGGACGGCUCUGGGGAGUAGAAGAAGAAGAAGAAGAACAACAAGAAGAAGAAGUUCACCUCAACACGCAGCGAUUACCUCGACCAAAAUGGACCAGAAGCUGCUGUAGGACAGAUUUGUGUGUUUGUAAAAUAAGACUUGGUGAGAAAGUGGUUGAGGAGAUGCUGGUCGUUUUUAGGGAAAGGACUAGAUCGUGCUUUUAUUGUUUCAGACAAAAGGUCUUCGUCCCUGCAAAAAGGAAUUUGAGCUUAAACAUUGCACUUAUCUUUUUUCAUCCUCACGCAUCCACUUUACUGAACAACUCCAUGUCAUCUCUAUUAGCAACUUAACUACAUUGCUACUGUUCGUCUUAAACAGAGAAGAAGCUAAGUGAGCCAAGUAAUUGUCCUAUUAUGUGAUGUUAUUUAUAUUAACAUAGAGGCAUUGUACACAAUUAUAUCCUAUUUAUAGAGACUAUAUUAUAGAGGAAAAAAGUGUAGAGUGUGUAGUGCUGGUAAAUGUUUAUUUAUCCAACAUAUCCUAACGACUGAGAACUUGUUUCCAGAUGUCAGUGAGAUUUGGCCAAAUGUUCGGCCCAACAAGUCGUUUGUCAUGUGGAUGAAGUACUGGUUACAGGAGCGGUUUUAAAAGAGUUACUGGGACCUGAGGAAAAUGUCCGAACUGUGCCGUUCUCUCAAACUACUGCAUUUACUUGAAUGUUAAGAUGACACAUGUAAAUGUUUGACUGCGAAUGUUGCAAGCGUGGUGGAGGUCAUGGGCUUUUCUCUAUAUAUUUGCAUUUCGAUUUGUGCUUGAGGGAAAAAAAGAUAAGCUUUACCAGACUUUUGGAUGUUUCAUAUUCUCCGCAGUUACACGUUGCUGCCCCUUGUGUAAGAUUACUGUGAAGUAUGUGACGUCCAUGACAGGGUUUCCCCUGCAUUAAUACAGAUGAGAGGCCAAUGAGAAGCCCUCCUCUAAUAAGUGCUAUCCUAGUUAUGCAAUGAAAUAUUUCUGUCAGUGCUUUUUAAGAAAGAGAACAUUCUUGUGUUUCUGAGCUGCGUCCCGAUUUUAUUUUAUUUUUUUAAAGCGAAUCACUGAACCUGAAAUAAAAAUUCUAGGGGAAA